CGAAUUUCCGUCAGUCUUCGUUUAGCCGUCUUCCUGUAAAGUCCGGUUUAAACCAAGUUCGUGUCUUGGAUGAAUUCUAGACCAAGUCAUGUGUUCAAGUAAAUUACCUAACAUUCUAUAAUUCACUGUGAUACUUUUGUAAUUAUAUUUUCUAGUGAAGUUUACGGACGGAUCAACAUGAUUCGUUUUUUGUGCUGUUUGUGUGCAUUUAUAAGGAUUUCGUUUUGUAUGAAAAUAGACACUAGUGUUCCUAAUAUCAAGGAUAAUGUCAACAAUACAGAGAUCCGAUGCUACUGCAAUUUACCGGCAUGCAUCAUGACCAGCUACAUGUGCAAGUCAGAAGGUCUUGGGUGUUUCUCUGAUUUGGUGGCCUUUGCUGACGUCACCAAAGCUAGCCAUGGCUGUCUAGAUCUACUGGAAAGUGAGAGGCAAGACCAGUGUCAGAAUGAGCCCAGUAGCCACGCAGUCAGCCAGCCCAGGUCCUUACUGCUCUGUUGCUAUAGGGAUUUGUGUAACCAUGUGGACAGCCCAGAGACAAGACAGAGGUUCAACGAUUCUGUUCUAGCGUCUUCUCUGGUGAAUGACAUGGACCGAGGGGUGAUGAUGGUGCAUUCUCGACUGCGCCAGACCACCGCGCCAGGCUACACCAGUGCCGAGGUGUGGUUCCGCGCAGCCACCAUAGCAGUUCCCAUCUGUGGUGCACUCAUCCUCUUGGUGCUGAUAGCUUUGGCUGUACGAAUCCUGCAGUCAGACGCCAUGGAUGACAGAGUGCUCGCUGCAAAGCUGAGAGCCAAACAUAGCGGGUUCUCCCCAGUGAGUCUGAACGGUCCAAGUUUUGUGCACCAGUUACACGAGCAUGACCGGAAUGAUAUAAACGGAAGCAAGAAGAUGCCUCUUCUGUUCCACCACGAAAGUAACACAUCCGUUUCCAAUGUCCCAUUUAUGGGAUGCGUCAACAGACCUACCAACCAUGGGCAGGGUGUCAAUGUUCUGCACAGUUGCCAACAACGCCACAAGAACGAAGCCAACGCCAAACUUAAUCUGUCUCAAAACGGAGCUGAAGUUAUCAGUCCAGUGGUUCCAGUUCCGAUCGUUCCUGUUCCGGUGACUCCUAUAGAUUCAUCGUCUCAGACCGAGUUGGAAUCGGCUCCGUGUAAUCUGAUUGAUCUGCACAAGUCCAGCAGCUCUUGUAACAACAACUGCAACAUCUACCAACACGAAGAUUCUCCUGACGAUCUAAACCCGGCGUGUUCACUCCUCGCUGCUGUUCCUUCCAGCCACAAGUUGACGUACAAGAAGCCACUUGUCAUCACUUGGACGGAAGACGAUGCCAAGGCUUCCCAUCCUCAGUAGCCAUUUUUGAUCUCCCUUGCGAAUUUCUUGAGAAUCUGUAUUGUGACUCUAGCCGCUUGACUAAAUAUUUGUGAUCGUUUAGUUUUAGUUGUACAUUAUGGGUAAUAUUACUCUUAUGCUGUGAUCCUUGAGAACUAAAUGUUGAUGCUUUUCUACCAACAACGCUGUUUUGUGGUUUUGUUAUGCAUCACAUUUAUUUAGUUUUAGAUUCGUAAGCUGCCAGCAUUUUAGUUAUAGUUUUGACACUGAUAUGAAAGACCAGUUUUACUUGAAUGCUAAAAAUGUAUGUUGUCUUUAAAAUUGUUUGUUAUUAGGUAUAUUACAACUAUUUUUGAUUACUUGUAAUAACACCUUGUGUAAUUUUCACUAAAUGAUUUCAAAUGGUUGUCUAAACCACUUGUAAAAGUUGAGUAGCCAAAGACACCUUAACAAAUGUUGCGUGGCAGCUUAACAAUAAUAAGACUAAAUGCUAGCCAAGACUUUGAUUUUGUUUAGCUCAUCUGAUAGUCCUAGUCAAUGUAAAGUUUUUUUUUAUACAUUUUGUAUAUAUUUUUUAUUCUAAUAUUUGUUGACUUUGCAAAAUGGUUUUCAAACACAUUUAACAUUUUUGAUAUCCAAAUUAUUCAUAAAAUAAAACGUGAUGGAGCUUUGGAUAUGUUGGAAAAUUGUUUUGGUAAUAAUUUUGUUUAUAUGAUUUUGAAGAUCAUUUCGAGUUACCCAAGUGUAUCCUUUUGUACCAUAAAUAUAAUUAAUUAACUGUACAUAAAUAAUGUUUAACUUUGGAUUAUCCUAAAUAAAAUAAAGAACUUUGAGGAACUUCUAAUAGAAAUAAAACUAGUGUUGAAUUCCACACAUAUAAAACAUAUUUGUAUACAAUACUUUGGUUUUAUACAACACUAAAUAAAAAGUAACGCAAAUAAUCAGUAAUGUGAAAUUUGUUUAUCCUCAAAACUUGUCUAAAACAUUUACUUUGAAGAGUAUAACAUUAAUAUAUUCUUUUUAGUGAAAAUCUUUCAAUGUAAAAAACUACAUUAUUGUAAGUAACUGGGGUACUGAUCGUUACAUUUAUCCAUUUCUAAAAAAAUUUGCCCCAUUUCACACAUUUACAUUUCUUUUGUUACAUAUUUCUAUCAAUUAACUAGGGUAAUCUUUAGUUAAGCCUAUUGUGUUUCAAAUGUGUAUAUUCUUUUGUCCAAAUAUUUGUAUAAUAUGUCAACAUACUGUAAAUUUAUAAGACUGUACUUAUGUAAUAAUAUCAAUCAAAAUCUUUAGUGCCUAAAGCAGCUGCAAAGCUUUCGGUUAAAGAUUAUAACCAGCACAAAAAAUGUGUUUGUGAUCUAUCCAUAAUAAAGGGAUUUUAUUUAUGAUA